AUGAUGAUGUUAAGGAGUCGUCUUGCAACCCGAGUGUGGGGUUCUGUGUUUCCUGGGACCGGGGCGGCUGUGCGGUUUGAAAGCACUGCAACUCACAAGUCACAUCUUGACGAAACAACCGAUUUAGAAAAGAGAGACGAAACUUAUAGAAGACAGCAGAAAUUGGCACUGGCCGAAGUUAAAUUGAAGUACUACGCCAACGGGUUGAAUCAACCUGGUUCUACCAAUUUCUGGAAACCUAUCCAUGACCAUUUGCACAAGGGUAAACCUGUUAGAGAAUUGACAGUACCCAAAAAGAAGACGGCUGGUAGAAACAACACCGGUAAGAUUACCGUAAGAGGUAGAGGUGGUGGUCAUAAGCAAAGAGCUCGUUUAGUUGAUUUUUUCCGUAAAGAAGGAGGUAAACAUAAAGUAUUACGUAUUGAGUACGAUCCUAAUCGUUCUGGACAUAUUGCCUUGGUGGAAAAUGAAGAUACGGGUAAAUUAUCGUAUAUUUUGGCAGCAUCUGGUUUACGGGCUGGUGAUACUGUUGAAUCAUUUAGACCCGGUUUGCCUAAAGAUUUCUUACGUGAAAUGAAAACCACUAACAAUGGGGAAAUCGAUGAAGCACUUUUAAACGCUAGAAUCAUGCAAAGAGGUAAUUGUUUACCGUUAGAAAUGUUACCUGUGGGGUCCAUUAUCCACAAUAUUGGGUUACAAGCGAAUGGUGGGGGGAAAAUGGUCCGUUCAGCCGGAACUUUUGGCCGGUUGUUAUCCAAACAUCCAGAAAUGAAUAAGGCUGUAGUCAGAUUAAGCUCAGGAGAACAUCGUUAUGUUGAUUUGAAAUGUACAGCUACAUUGGGAGUUGUUUCCAACAAGGAACAUCAAGCUAUCUCUUGGGGUAAGGCUGGUAAAUCUCGUCAAAGAGGGUUCAGACCAAUUGUUAGAGGGGUGGCUAUGAAUGCAUGUGAUCACCCUCAUGGUGGUGGUAGAGGUAAGUCUAAGUCAAACAAGUUAUCACAAUCUAUGUGGGGUCUUAAGAAGUUUGUCAAGACCAGAAAGUUCUCUAAUGCCAAUAGAUGGAAGGUGCAAGACAGACCCAGACGGUAA